AGGCUGUUCGUGACGGGCCUAUGGGGAAAGGGGAGAUCCCACUGGGACUGAAGGUGGAGCGGAGCGCAGGGACCCGGCGCCGGUUUGAGUUCAAGAUUCUCCUGCAGGACGUCCGGACCCGGCCUGCCACUUGGCUAUAUUCACAGCGCGGCACCUGUGACUGAACCGUCAAGCGGCUCGCCUGGAGCACCCAACCAAAUAUACAUAUAUAUUUAAAAAUAUGUACAUGUGAAUCCAGAGUUUACCAAAAUGAAAACUCCAACAUUGAAAACACUGCUCGUUUACCCAGUCAUCAUUACUUUGUUUGGAUUCGCUACAGGCCAGGAAUUACCGAGUUUCAACCUCCUUGACGAGUUCCGGGUGUCCGAGUCAUCGGGAGUGACUGCGGUGGAGGGGUCAGAGCCCGACGUGUUGGCUUUCCGUGUCAAUCCUUCCAUCCAGCUGAAAAAAACAAUGCGUGAUGUGUAUCCAGAUGGCUUGCCCUCAGAUUACUCCAUCAUAACCACAUUUAAGUUACUAGACGACACACCGAAUAGUGCCUGGAAUUUAUGGCAAGUCAGCGAUCCGGAUGGGAAGGAACAAGUCGGUAUUCGUUUCCUGGGAGACACCAGAUCUCUGGACUUCUUUUAUGCCACCCCUCACAAAACACAAAUGCUGAGAACGUUCCACAAUGUGGAAAAACUCUUUGACGGCUCCUGGCACAAGCUGGCACUCAGUAUCAAAGGGGAUCAAGUGAAACUGCUCAUUGACUGCCAGGAAGUCACGAUUAUUUCAAUCGAUGAGCAGCGUCCAGUGAUCAAAAAUGGGUACACUUCCAUUGUAAAAAGAGCUGUAGGAGACUCGUCUGUUUCUGUGGACCUCCAGCAGAUGGAACUUUAUUGUGAUCCUGAUCAGGCCUAUGCUGAAGGAUGCUGCGAGCUUUCUAAUGUUUGUGGAGGACACGCCGAGAUCGGGCUGACGGGCAGCCCCAAUCCAUGCAGGUGUGCUCACGGCCAGCCAGGUGUGCAGGGGCCUCCCGGACCCAAGGGGCACAGAGGUCUCAGAGGAAACCAGGGCGAGGCUGGAAGAGUGGGAAACAUGGGUGGCCGAGGAGACCCCGGUGCUUACGGCCUCAUUGGGGAGACUGGAGCUAAAGGAGUCGCUGGAAGAAAAGGAGAAAAGGGAAUGAGAGGACUCCACGGCCAAGUGGGUGACAGAGGGCCCAAAGGUCUCAAAGGGUUAAAAGGCGCACUAGGAUUCAAGGGAGUGAGGGGAGCCCCUGGAGACAGAGGACAGACAGGAGAGCAGGGGGAAGUGGGUGAUCCAGGUGACCCAGGAUUUGAAGGAAUUCCAGGAUUUCAAGGAUCUAAGGGAGAAGAGGGAUUCUCAGGAGCUGAAGGCCCACCUGGGCAUCAAGGCCGCCAGGGUAUUGUUGGAGAUCCUGGUGAGCGUGGAGCUCCAGGACUUAAAGGAAAGCCUGGUGUUCAAGGACUGCAGGGAAAGAGAGGUGAUAUUGGAAUAAAGGGGAUCAUUGGAGAUCCAGGCUUGCCUGGCAGAGAUGGGGACCCUGGGGUGGAGGCCUAUCAGGGACUGCAGGGCCAAGCAGGACGAGCUGGCCAGGAGGGAGAAAUGGGAGAGAAGGGUGCAGCAGGACCAGUUGGGAGUGAAGGUCCGCGUGGAAUGACUGGUCCAAGGGGUUAUAAGGGCUCUGCUGCACAGCCGGGAAGACCUGGGUUUAUUGGCCCACCUGGAGCAACUGGUCAUGUGGGACUACCAGGAAGGCAGGGUCCUCAGGGUGACACAGGUAUUCAGGGAAUCCAAGGAGUUAAAGGUGAAAAGGGGCAAAAAGGAGUCUAUGGACCAAGGGGAGAAGUUGGAGACAAGGGCCCCCCUGGACCCCCAGGGCAACAGGGGAAAAGAGGCGCAGCGGGUGAGCCGGGGCGUGCAGGGCCCGCUGGGAACAAAGGUGUCCGUGGAGACGGAGGAGUCGUGGGAUUCCAGGGGCCUCCUGGACCACCAGGGCCGACUUUCCCUGCAGAGAGAGUGAUAGAGGUCUGCAGCCGAGUGGUGCUUGAGCAGAUGUCCAUGUAUGCCAACGCUGUGAAGAGGAAGUGUGCCAGUGUGUGCCCGCUGUACGGGGAUGUCCCAAUGGGACCGCCUGGGCCUCCGGGCCUGAAAGGACCGCCAGGGCCCCCAGGUGAACCUGGAAUUGAUGGUGUUGAUGGAGAGAUUGGACAGCCAGGUUUCUAUGGAGAAGCUGGUAAUGCGGGCAAACAAGGAGAACCAGUAUCCCCUGAUGCUGCAAACACACAAACACACCAAGGUCAACGGGGAAGGACAGGAACUGUGUUCGAUGGGCAGCCUGGUCAGCAAGGGCCUCGGGGGCACAUGGGGCAGCCUGGCCUGAGGGGGUAUCCGGGACUUCAGGGCACCCCAGGAAUCUGCAUGACGUCGGGGUGUGAUCUGAACAACGGGACCGGCAGCGCAGAGGAGCAGGGAGCCCAGAGACCAGGCGCAAGGCGCCCUUAAAGGCAGCUGUUCAAGUGUCGAAACGAGCUGAUAUAGACUGUAGUUUGUGGCUAAACAACUGCAAUAUCAAUAAUUCACAAAUCUUGACCUAGUACAUUCUGUUUUUAAAAAUGUAUAUAAUUAGGCCCCUUGUCAACUAAAAAAAACCCAACAAUGUUGUUUUAUUUUUUGUAUUUAUUUCUUCGAAAUUACUUCACAGCAGUGUUGCCACAAGGACAGGGCUGCAGACUAUCUUUUGGUUACCUCUUGCCUUUGAUAUCUUAAUGAAUAAAAUGUAACAAUAUGGA